AAGUCAGCUAGCGAUGGAAGGUACUGUGUCCAAUCUGGAGGUGUGCAAUUUAGCAUACGCUGGGAACUUUGACCAGUUGAAAAAAUGUAUUUCAUCUGAUAAAUCGCUGGCUUCCAAAACUGACCAGGAUCGCAGAACAGCCCUUCAUUGGGCCUGCUCAGCAGGCCACACAGACAUAGUGGAAUUUCUGUUGGACCUUGACGUUGAGGUUAAUCUGAAAGAUGAUGCAUCCUGGAGCCCACUUCACAUUGCAGCAUCUGCAGGGAGAGAGGAGAUUGUUAAAGCCUUGAUUACCAAGGGAGCCCAGCUUAAUGCUGUGAAUCAGAAUGGCUGCACUCCUCUGCAUUAUGCUGCUUCUAAGGACAGAUACGAGAUUGCCCAGAUGUUGCUGGAAAAUGGAGCAGACCCCAACAUCACGGAUAAAUUGGAGUCCACUCCCUUGCACAGAGCUUCCGCGAAGGGGAACUUCCGAUUGAUUCAGCUUCUCCUCAGACAAAGUGCUUCCACUAAUAUCCAGGAUUCAGAGGGAAACACAGCACUCCACCUGGCCUGUGAUGAGGAGCGUGUGGAAGUGGCUAAGCUUCUGGUGGAGCAUGGCGCUAGUAUCUACAUAGAGAACAAGGAGGAGAAGACACCCCUCCAGAUUGCUAAAGGGGGCCUUGCAUCCCUAUUGAGGAGGAUGGUGGAAGGCUGAACUGCAGAGCAUAUUAAAAUAUGGCUGCAUUGCCAUAGCAUACAGUGCUGCUGUAACCUGCUUUUUAAGGACUAGCCGUUAUGAUUCUGGUCUAGGUUUGUGUUGGAAUAUGUGACACCUUUGAAAGGGGGCUCCACUAAACUCCACUGAACUUAAACGACUCAAUUUGUGGGUAUAGAGAUAAAUCAAAGAGCAAACAGACACAGGCUGCAAUGGCAGAAAAGCUCAUACCAUACAACAAAGUUAGCAACCUUGGCAAAUAAGCAAGGAUUCCUAUCUGUUAUUAAACACAUCUUAUCAAUGAAUGUGUGUGAUCAGUGCUCAAAACCGUCAGAUAAACAAACAUCAUGUGUACAUAAUCCUCCAAGUCCAAGUUGCUGACUUACAAAUUGGUUGUCUAUUAAUCUGUUUGAAGCAUUGAGAUGUUUUGUGCCACGUAGUAAAAAAAAAAAAAAUCCCAGAGCCCGAUCAUUUGUGACGAUUCAUCAAGGUUACUCUCUGCCUCACGAUUUGAGAACUCCC